AUGACACAAUAUCAUUCUAGAAAAUUGACAACAACAGAAAAUACAGUUGCUUUGUUAUGGGUAUUUGCCAUAGAACAUUGGACCAAAAUAAUUUUAUAUGGUUUUAUAAUAUUUUUGUUAUUACGCAUGACAGUGCAUAUCUUAAAUACAUAUUUAAACCACUUCUUUAAGUGGAUUUUACAAAUUAAAAAAUUAUUAGAAACAACAAAAGAAGUUCUAGAAAAACCGUAUGAAGAGUUCCUCUGGAAUGACUAUGAAUUUUGUAAACGUUAUUUAGAUUUGUAUGCCAAAUUUAGAGAAUUAAGAUUAGCAGCAAAAAAAAGUAAUUCAAAUGCAUUAGAUGUAAAUGCUAUGGAGUUCAUUAGAUUUGAUGACGUCAAAUUGUGUAGAAGGAUAAAGAACAAUGAAGAAAACAGAGAAAAAGAAACAUGUAGUGAAGAAGAGGAAUCUGAAGAAGAUGAAGAAGAAAGUGAAUAA